CAAAAGCCCACUAAACUGCAAAGUUUUCAUUUGAAAAAAAAAAAACACAGAGUAGCCCUCUUCUCAGUUCAGACCUUUUCACUUCCAAUUUCACCCAAAAAAGAAGUGCAUUUUCUGUUAAUCACUAUUUUUAGGUUUCAAGAUCUUUGUUUGUGAAAGUUGUUUUCUCAGAUCUCUUGUGGAUUCAAUGGACUUGUAAUCAUUUUUAGAAUUGGGGAUUGCUAGUUUGCAUCUUUCUAGAGCAUGAUGGAAGUUGACAAUAACAUAUCUGUUUCCGUAAACGGGUCGAGCUUUGGAAAUGGAAUUCACCAACUUCCAGAAGUAGUUACUGGCAAACUAGAUGAUGUUCCUAAUGGAAGUUUCAGUGUUCAAGGAUUGGAAAGAAGUUUACAGAGUGCUGUGAUGGUGAAUGAUAGUGAAACUGUUGGUUCCACUGCACACGAGGUCGCACACGAAUCAACCACGACUAUAGAAAACAAUCCCUGUGCCAGUUCUGAGGGACAUGAAGCCAAAGAAUCUCGAGAGUCUAAGAACUCCAAACAGCCCAAAGCUCCAGGAAAAGGCAAAAAUACUGCGUCCAUUGGUGUCAAGAAAACCAAAGAUGGCAAAGAUGCAUCAGCUGGUUCUGUUGUUUCAAAUGGUUCCCUAGCCUCGCAGCAACGGUCUAAACAGGCUUCUUCCCUUGGUGUAAAGAGUAAAUCAUUUAACGACAGAAAAACUGCUGAUAACAAUUUAAAACCCGCCGUAGCCCGUAUAAAUGCCAGUCAUGCUAAGGUAAAGCAAUCUGGCCAACCUGAUGCAACAUCACCUUCUCCAAAUGCUGACGGCCUUAAGGAGAAAACAAACCCGAUAUCUUUGAAGAAAGCUGCCCCAAAUAAAGCUGAUGGAAAUGCAGAAUCACCUUUGAGUCCUGCUGCAGAUGCCAAGUCUCGCAAAGUAGGUGCUCUUCCAACCUACAAUAUGAGUUUCAAGUGCAAUGAGAGGGCUGAGAAAAGGAGAGAGUUUUACUCUAAGCUUGAGGAAAAAAUCCAUGCGAAGGAAGUCGAGCAGAGUAAUUUGCAAGCCAAGACUAAGGAAACUCAGGAAGCUGAGAUCAAAAUGUUAAGAAAGAGCUUAAAGUUUAAAGCAACCCCCAUGCCAAGCUUUUAUCAGGAACCCCCUCCUCCCCAGGUGGAGUUGAAGAAGAUACCAACAACAAGAGCUAAAUCCCCCAAGCUUGGCCGGAGAAAGAGCUCCCCCACCAAAGAGGCAAACCAUACUAACAUGCACACAAGUAGGUUGAGCCUGGAUAAAAGUGCAUCUCAAAAUCCUGCUAAAGGACAUCCUCCAGACAAUGUCAAGAAGCCUACACGGAAAUCUCUUCCAAAGCUGCCAUCUCAAAAAAUCAACUUACUAAGUAAUACAAAAAAGCCUUCCCUCAUCAAAACGAGCAAAUGUCAGGAAACAAAUGAAGCUGCAUCUAACAACAUGAGUGCAGUUGCUUCUCAACCAAACAACGCACCUGAGCAAACAAAUGAAAUUGAAACAUUUGUUCAAGAGCAUGAAGCUACAUCUGUCGUUGAAACAAGCCAGAGUAAGACUUUUGUUGAAGCUCAAUCCGAGACUAAUGUGGUGCAGCCACCCCAUUGCAGUGGAGAAGUGAAAGCAAGCACUGAAGCGGUAACAGAUUCAUGAAGCACCUUCAGUUCCUCUUUUGCCUAAAAUAGUGAAAAAGGUACGAAUAAGACUUGGUUUGUUUGACAAAUGAGGGUAUGGAAGAUAUUUCACCAAACAAAUGAUGUUUUGUCCAUAGCAACAAGGUUGGUUGUUCUUAUUCUUUCAAGAUUACUGGUUUGGUCAUUUAAUGUGCAGGAAGCUUCAACACAUUAUAAGGUUGUCAUUUGCACCGUUUUUUUUUGGGCUAAUUAUGAUUUAUGCGGCUUCCUGUGUCUCCUGAUGUUGGGUGAUUGAAAGUUUUGAGAAUUGUCUUGAAGCAGCUCAAGUCUUGAAUUAGUAGAAACUUUGGUGCUCAUUGGGCUUGUACUGGCUGUUGGAACUGUUCUGUUGAACAUCAUAGGUUUUGUUUGUUAAUCAAUAUGUAUUUAUAAAUAUCCAUAUACUCUUUACCAGGUUUGCUUCUCCAUGCACCUUGAUUUUCAAUUCAAUUAAGUGAUAUAUUUUCUUGAAAACCAUAUUCUAUUAGGUGUAACUCUCACAACUUGUAGUGAAAAGAUUGUGACUCAUAA